CGUAUACCCGCCGCCAAACCUACCCGCCCAGCCGCCGCAACGAGGCUGGACCUGACGCAAACGUAGCAAAGACGAGAGAAACGUCCCAAACGGGCACCAGAAGAACCACCCAUCACAGCUCUGCUCGCGAACGUCGCGCGUGCCUUGCCUCAAACGUAUAUUUCCUUUUUUCGACACCCCCGGCCGGUAAACAACAGGCAGCAGCAGGAGCAAACAGACGCCCCAGCCUUCCCCGCGCCCACCCCCCACCACCAUCCAUCGGCGGACGACACACCACAUCCUCCCCGCUCCCCCUCGGGCCGCCCUCUCCCAUCGCAGCGAUGUCGACGUCCUCGUCGCGCUCGGCGCGGGGCUCCACGACGCGCCGGCUACCGCGCAACAUGAAUGGCUCCCUCUCCGACCGCCUCUCGCGCACCGUCUCGCGCUUCAUGCCAAAGGUGGUGACGUACAACGAGAGCUACACGUACGCGCUGCGCGCGGCCUUCCUGCACCACCUGCUGCAGCCGCGCGCCAAGCGGAAGCAGUACCUUCCUGCGCCGAAGGCGAUCAGCCACCGGGCGUCGACGGUUGGGGAUCUGGUGAAGGACUUGUCUGGGGUUGGCUCGGCGAAAAGCGCGAAGCUGCCGCAUGGGUUUAUGGGGCCGUUGGAGAAGAGAAUGACGGGCGUGCUGAUGAUGAAGGAGCGCUUGCCGGGGUAUAAUGAUCCAGCGGUUAAGAGGAGCUUUGCGGAGGCGUAUACGGCGUUCACGGAGACGACGUUUAGGAGGCGUAUGGAGCAGGAGAGGCGUGUGGAGGAUUUGGUGUUGAUAUUUUAUUCGAAUGCGGUGAAGUCGCUGCAGAAGGGGAAGCCGCCGGGGGAUGACUCGUGGAAGAAUCUGCUGGAUCGACAUGUGGCGCUGUUUCUGAGGCUGCUGAGCAAUACGAUGAAGGAUCAUGGUUAUGAUAAGGAUAGGCCAGAGCUGAUGAGUCGGCUGGCGACGCUAGAGAAGAAGCUCCUGACGGACGAUCAGGACUUGUCGUCUGGUGCGGGCCCUAGCGAUUCAUAUAUUGAGGUUGUCAACCCGAUCAGCUACGAUGUGAAGGAUAUGCCGAUGGUGCUGGUUGUGGGACGCAUAUUCGGGAUGAGGAACUCGCAGGUGCAGUCUGAUAUCGAUGCGAAUAAGAAGUUCUGGACGGAGGAGGUGGCCCUGACAGAGCUGAAGUCGUACCAACAGUGUAUCAACUCGCAGUCGGCGCGCGUCCUCUCCUCGAAUGACUUCGAUGUCGAUGAGGGGUACCAGGCGUGGAAGAAGGCGGAGAGUCAUGACCUGUCGCAGCUGAUGCUGGAUAUAUUACACGUUAAGCCUGAAUUGGCCAAAUCAUCUUCGGCGAGUACUAAGCCUGCCGCUCCACCGACAACUGGGCCCAACAAGCCGCUACCUACUAUUAUACCAGUGCAACCGGAUGCCGAUUAUUACAAUACUAUUUCAAGCCCGACAGAGCGCACAUCUCUGUCAUCAUUCAGCCAGACGCAACCUGCAGAUAUGAGCGGCCUGUCAUUGAGCGAUGAACCGUCUACCCGGCUGUAUCUCGAAGAAGUCAGCUUCGUGUAUAUCCCUCCAGACCCACGGGCAUACUACAGAUCCAUACUCAUGCACGCGGCUACAUUCGAUCAACUACAUACAGAACACAAUGCAGAGAGCGGCGCCCCAGCCCCACCUCUGAGCAUGCAAUCCCUCGAACUCCUCACCGAGCUCGCGAUUAGAUGGCGCGUUCCGCAGUUCUCCCGGCUGAUCCUCUACCUCGACGUCUCGGUGCAGCGCUUCAAGGACCGGGAAAUCGGGCUCGAGGAGCUCGAUGCGGCGUUUGAGAUGAUUAAGAACCCACCCGCUGAGACCAAGAAGUCUAGCACGCUUGCACAUGCGGGUGGAUUGCAGUCCAUCGACCGCUCGCACUGGACUAUCAAUGACAUGGCGCUAUAUCGGCAUACGCUUGUCAGUGUCCACGAUUCACUGCUGCGGGAUCUGUAUGACGUACUGCAGCACUGCUAUGACUCGAAGCCGCCGUCAGUUGGACCGGUAAUGGUGAUUCUGGAGAGCCAUAUUUAUAAUGACGAGUGCUUCCAGCAGAGCCCGGAGCAGGUACAGGAUUAUAGCGAGCAGCUGGAUAGGGGGUUAAGAGAGAAAGCAGCAGCGGUUUACCGAGGAUACCUCGAGGCGGAGGUGCCUCAAAACCAGGAGGAAUGGCAGUUCUACCACGUCGUGCAGCUAGGCAAGUCGGUGGUGAAGCUGUGCACUCGGAUCCAGAAGCGGUACAAGAAGAACCCCGAGUUCAUGGGCGUGAACCCGCUGACGGUUCUGGUGGAGACGAUGUUCCCGAGCUUCGAGAACGACGCGGCGGACCUGAUCCAGCGGAUCAUGAACGUAGCCCACGCGAAUAACUCCGAGGUCGACCUCGAGGACGGCUUCGCGCUGUACAAGGAGCUCGUGGAGAUCCGGCGCAUCCACCAGCAGGCGCUGCCAGACGUGCCGUUCGCGUUCCACAUUGAGGACGCGCUGGCGGACUUUGUGUGGCGCUGGAUCAACGUGGCGGACGAGAAGAUGGUGGAUCUCGUCGACCAGGCGAUCCUUCACGACAAGUUCGAGGUGCGUUCGGAGAACCCGACCGAUAAUGAGCGACACAGCGUGUCGGCCAUCGAUGUCUUCCGGCUGUUCAACGAGACGACGGACCAGAUCUUCCAGCUCAACUGGGACGACGACGUGCACCACGCCAAGUUCAUGACUGCGCUGUCGAAGUCAUUCGGGGUGGGGCUAGCGCGAUACUGCGAAGCUGUCGAGGAGCGCUUCACCAAGGAAAUGAACCGGCUGACUCCGGAGCAGGAGGCGGCGGCUAAGCAGUCCAAGCAGGACCGGUGGAUGCAGCUCGCCAAGGACGCGUGGAACAACAAGGAGAAGAUGGAGCCGUUCCAGUUCCACCCGCAGUCGCUGGUGAAGCUGAAUAACAUCGAGUUCGCCGUGCAGCAGCUCGAUAAGCUCGAGAAGAUGAUGAAUGUCGAUGCGUGCGCUGAGGUGCUACAGCGGAAUAUCACGCCUAAGGAGCAGCAGCAGAUGCGGAAGCCAAAUAAAUACGUCUUCACCGUCAAGAUUGUGGAGGGCGAGGAUCUCAAGGCUUGUGACACGAAUGGCCUCAGCGACCCGUACGUCAUCCUCGGCGACGAGUUCAAGAAGCGCUUGAUGAAGACGCGGGUCGUGCCUAAGAACCUCAACCCGCGCUGGGACGAGUCAAUCGACAUCAUCGUGUCUGGCCCCGUCAACAUCGUCGCGACGAUCUGGGACUUCGACACCUUCGGCGAUGAUGACCUGAUGGGUCGCACGUCGCUCAAACUCGACCCGUCGCAUUUCUCGGACUACCUUCCUAAGGAGUGCUGGCUCAACCUUGACACUCAGGGGAAACUGCUCCUCCGUAUCGGUAUGGAGGGCGAGCGCGACGAUAUUCAGUUCUACUUCGGUAAGGCCUUCCGACUCCUCAAGCGCACCGAGCGUGAUAUGAUUCGGAAGAUCACCGAUAAGCUCUCAACCUACAUCAACCUCUCCCUCUCCCCCGACGCCCUGCGCUCCCUCCUCUCCCGCGGCAUCUCCAUAACCAGCAUGUGGAAGACCCGGCAAUCCCUCCCCCCCCCCCUCCUCCCCAUCGACAUCGAAAACGCCCUAAAGCCCCUCUUCACCUACUUCGACGACAACUUCGCUAUCAUGCAGCAAACCCUCACCACGGCGUCCAUGAUCGCCGUCAUGACGCGGCUGUGGAAGGAAGUCCUCCUCGCCAUCGAGGCGCUGCUCAUCCCGCCGCUGAGCGAUAAACCGAGUCCGCAGAAGGCGCUGAGUAGGCAGGAGGCGGAUACGGUGUUUAUGUGGCUUGAGCUGCUGAGGGCUUUCUUUAAUGCGAGGGAUGAGGAGACGGGGGAGGCGAUGGGGGUGCCGGAUGAUGUGUUGAAGAAUGCGAAGUAUCAUGAACUCAAACAACUGGCGUUCUUCUAUUUCGACCCUACGGAUUCGCUUAUUAAGACGUCGGAGCGCAUGGCGUCUGCCACAGCAGCUCGAGCCUUGGCACAACGAACAUCCCUCUCCCUGCCGCCGGGGAGUCUGGGACCGUCGCUAGGUGUUGGGUUAGGGAGCGCUACGUCUUUGCGUCGGGGGAAGAGUAUCAUGUUGUCUAGGAACCUAGGCACGAUGCGCCAGGCGAAAGAGGAGAAGAGGAGAGAGGCACAGGCGGAUCCGAGUGAUGACGUUAUCCUAAGGAUUCUACGGAUGAGACAUGAGGGCGUCGCCGUGGCGUAUCUGAGGGAUCGGAGUAGGCAGAGGGAACGCUUAGCGGCAGCGGCGGCGGCGGAGUCGAUUGUGAGGCAGAGUCUGGGGGGUGGGGGGAGGUUUGGGGGGGGGAAUUUGCCGAGGAGGUAG